CCGCAUGUCCUGCUGGGAAGUGUAGUCCGACAGAGAUCGAGUCUUCCUGGCCUGGCUGCUGCCGUAAGGCGAGCUAGCGGGUAGCGCUUGAAGUCGAGCUCUUGUAACCGUCCACCGAGAACAGGAAACUAGCUUCGAGGGGUUGCACAGACGCGCCUGGGCUCGAGAGCGGCUAGAAGGCAGCUGGCGUUCUAGACCUCAGAAGGUUGGAAAGAGGCUAUUUUAACAAGUGUCACGCCAUGAUUUUGCCAACUUCCCAGUUAAAGGUUGACAUUUCUGCAUAAACAUUUCCCUGUUAAAAUGUCCUUGCCGCUUACGGAGGAGCAGAAGAAAAAGAUUGAAGAGAAUCGACAGAAGGCUCUGGCCCGUAGAGCUGGAAAGCUAUUAACAGAACAGCCUCAGAGCACAGGCUGUGGUUCCUCCACUGCUGUCAGCCCUUCCCAGUCCAAGCAAGGCCCUUCCCAGAAUUUCCCUAGGGGGUCUGCUAAGCUAGAGAGCCAUGAUGUCCUUUUCAAGCAGCAGAAUGUGCAUAAUUCGUCUUGUGACCAAAGACCUCCUAAUUCCCACCAGUGUCAGCUCACCACACCAGAGCAAGCAACGGGGAUAUGGAAGAGCCAAGGGAUGUCCACAGCCUGCCCAAACCAGGGGCCCCCAAGUCAGGUGACUCUUACUGGGCCCUCUCCACCUUUGGCACAGAGUCCUCCAGAUGUCGCUAGCCAGCAGCUCUUUGGCUGUAAGAUGAGUCAAGGUCAUCCUCAGGCUUCACAUCAGACCAAAUCGACGUCUGAUGCUAACACAACUCCUGAGCUUUGGGCCAAAGCAAAGAGUUCCCAGGAGACUCCGGCUUCUUCCUCUUGCCAGCCCACCAGGGAUCUGGAAUUAGAAGCCGGAAAUGCAAAACCUUCCACCUCAGGGCAGAACCUUUCUGACGUCCAUGAAGAAAGACUCCAAGACAAGUUGAAGAAAGCAGUGUGCUCCCAAAAAGGGCUAUGCAUAAGGGAGGGAGAUCGAUUCUCAGUGAAGAUCGGCUACAAUGAGGAGCUCCUUGCUGUGUUUAAGAGUCUGCCCAGUAGAAGUUAUGAUCCUACCACCAAGACGUGGAACUUCAGCAUGGCUGACUACAGUGCCUUGAUGAGUGCAGCUCAGUGCCUCAGCACAGUCACCCUGCAGCCGUUGGAAGGGGUCGAUGGCAGCAGCGGGGGACAGACUGGCCUUCCUUCGGCUCCGUCCCUUGCCUUCGUCAAAGGACGAUGCAUGCUCAUCUCCCGGGCCCGCUUCGAGGUGGACAUCAACUACUCAGAGGACCUGAUUGCACUGUUUAAACAGAUGGAUUCCCGGAAAUAUGAUGUCAAGACCAGGAAGUGGAACUUUCUCUUGGAAGAGCACAAUAAACUAAUUAUGAGAGCACGCGCGCUCCCGCAGGUUCAGUUGGAACCUCUGCCCAAGACACUCACCCUGGCGUUUGCGUCUCAGCUGGAGAAGACCUCUCUCCAACUCACAGCAGAUAUUCCCGAGGCAGACCUUUCUGGAGUGGAUGACAAGCUUGUGUCUAACCUGAUGCCCUUUCAGAGAGCGGGAGUGAAUUUUGCCAUAGCGAAAAGAGGCCGCCUGCUGCUUGCUGAUGACAUGGGCCUGGGGAAGACCAUCCAAGCCAUCUGUAUAGCUGCCUUCUACCGGAAGGAGUGGCCCCUCCUGGUGGUGGUGCCGUCCUCUGUGCGCUUCACCUGGGAGCAGGCCUUCCUCCAGUGGCUUCCGUCUCUGAGGCCAGAAAAUAUCAACGUGGUAGUGAAUGGAAAGGGCUGCCUGACAGCUGGCUUGGUCAACAUAGUCAGUUUUGAUCUUCUGAGCAAGUUGGAAAGACAGCUAAAAGCCACUUUCAAAGUCGUCAUCAUUGAUGAAUCUCACUUCCUCAAAAACAGCAAGACCGCCCGCUGCCGAGCAGCUAUGCCCAUCCUAAAGGUGGCCAAGAGGGUGAUCUUGCUGUCAGGCACGCCAGCCAUGUCCCGGCCUGCAGAGCUCUACACGCAGAUCAUUGCAGUCAAGCCAACCUUCUUCCCUCAGUUUCAUGCCUUCGGACUUCGCUACUGCGAUGCCAAACGGCUGCAGUGGGGCUGGGACUACUCGGGCUCCUCCAACCUGGGAGAGCUGAAGCUGCUGCUGGAGGAAGUUAUCAUGCUACGACGCCUCAAAUCUGACGUCCUUUCCCAGCUGCCAGCCAAACAGCGCAAGAUGGUGGUGGUUGCCCCAGGACAGAUCAGUGCCAAGGCCAGAGCCAGCCUGGAUGCCGCAGCCAAGGAAAUGACCAAGGACAGAACUAAACAGCAGCAGAAAGAGGCCCUCCUUCUCUUCUUCAACCGAACAGCGGAAGCGAAAAUCCCGUGUAUCAUUGAGUAUAUCCUGGACCUCCUGGAAAGUGGAAGAGAGAAGUUUCUCGUGUUCGCACACCAUAAAAUGGUUCUGGAUGCAAUUACUAAGGAACUGGAGAGAAAGCACGUGCCCCACAUCCGCAUUGAUGGCUCCACCCCAUCGGCAGACAGAGAGGACCUGUGCCAGCAGUUCCAGCUGUCCGAGGGGCACUCCGUGGCAGUGCUGUCCAUCACUGCUGCCAACAUGGGCCUCACCUUCUCCUCGGCUGACUUGGUGGUGUUUGCUGAGCUGUUUUGGAACCCAGGGGUGCUGAUCCAGGCUGAGGACCGAGUGCACCGCAUUGGACAGACAAGCUCUGUGGGCAUUCACUACCUGGUGGCAAGAGGCACUGCUGAUGACUACCUUUGGCCUCUGAUUCAAGAGAAGAUGAAAGUUUUAGGGGAAGCCGGGCUUUCUGAGACCAGUUUCUCAGAAAUGACAGAAGCCGCCAAUUACCUCUACAAGGACCCAAAGCAGCAGACAAUCUAUGACCUAUUCCAGAAGUCCUUUGAGGAGGAUGAAACCGACAUGGAGCUCCUAGAGGCAGCAGAGUCGUUUGACCCAGGAAGUACUUCAGGAACCUCAGAAAGUAGAUCCUGUGAUCUGGGAGAUGCCUUGGAUGAAAGUAGCUUGUCAGCCAGUCCACCAACGAAAAGGAGAUUUGAAUUUUUUGAUAACUGGGACAGCUUUACCUCUCCCUUCUAAGAGAGGCCAAAAAAAUUUUCAGAUCACAGAAGUUAUUAAAAUAAAGUAUUUUAGCCAGGUGUGGUGGCACAUGCCUGUAAUCCCAGCACUUGGGAGGCUGAGGCAA